CUGAGAGAAGAGACGCAUGUAGCAGAUGAUCACACCAUGUGCUGUGACUCAUUUUAUUUUUCUUUGCCAUUACCCAGGUGAUAAUUAAAGUCAACCGGUGUGACAACAGUGGUCAGUGCCAUUAUUUCAACUUAUAACACAACGCAGAGUACACUAACCCCGCCGACGGCCAAGGAGUGUUGCACCCGGUAGAGCCCGUUACACAGACACCAAGUAAAAUAUAUAGACUUUACUUCUGUCCAACAGAUUUUGGUUCAGCCAGUCUUGCUCCCUUUAGGAUGAGCUGGUGAUCCCCUGACUUUUAGACAGCCAGGCCAAAAGCUGCACUUAAGGGUCAGGUUAUGCACAAGCAGAACUAGUUCAAAUCCAUCUUGUCCGACUAUGUAGCUCUUUUGAAAAGUCACACUGCAGAAUGGCAGUGAAAGCUGUCCCUCACCGACACAGGGAAAUGUGAGAUAAUGGUGCAGAUUUUCAAACAGUUUCUACACGAAAAGUGUCAGAAAUAGCUAUGAUAAAAACAAUAGAAGAGAGAAAGCUGUUUGAAAGACUGAUAAGCAGUUCACAUGGAUUAUACUGGCAACUUACUGUAGCCUCAAGAAAGAUGGAAAUCUGUGCUAAACAAAGGCUAUUUGGAAAGUAGAUGUCAAGAUAUUUGGCUCUGAACCAAAAUACUGGGAAAAGGAUGUAUCAGUAAUUCAAAAGAGUUUAUCCCAAAAUAACUUCAUUCUACUAAAUAAAGUCUUAAGACAUUGAUGCCCUUAAUAAUAAAUGGGCUUCAGGUGGUGUCCGUCUGAACUGCACUGAACCGGGAUUUUUAAAAUCUGCAAUAUGGAUGACCUUGCCACCCAUUUGACUUUAGUGGGAAGUUAAUUUGUGGGAAAAGGGAACAGAAAGAAAGAGAUAAAACAAGUGGUGAGAGAAAGGAGGAAAAUCUACUUUUCUGUGACAACCUCUGGCCAAAAUUGACCUCAAAGCUGCCAAUGUGGACAUACAGGGAACUUUUAAAGCCCAGUCAAAGCAAAGUUUAAGUCAAACAUUUGAUGACAUGGGUAAAUGAUGCAUCCUGUUUCCUGCACAAUAAAUAAUGCAGCAUAAACAUAAAUGUGCUUUUGCUGUGUUUGUCAGAACUGCCAGCAGUCAUACUAAUACCCACUUCUUUGUACUCACAUCCAAGGUAAGUGAGUAUUUUCUAUUUCACAUGCUGAUUAUUGGACAUUACUUGAUUGUAAUGUACUCAAAAUAGUAAUGUAAAAAGAGUGCAAAAGGUAAUGUUAAGAAACUUUGUAAGGACAGUUUAUGACUUUCUGUCAAUGUCUCCUCUAAACAGGAAAAACAGUGAGACCAUCAUCAGAAUGGAUUCAAUGGAAAUCGAUGAUGGCAUAUAUAUAAACAAGAGCCUCAUAUUGGAAGGCCUUAUUACCCAUGAGAAUUUUCAGAGACAAAAGCAGCCCUCCAGAUGUUCCACUGUGUUUCUGGGGUUACUGUGUGUUGUCUUGCUCGCUGGCAAUAUUGGGCAGAUCAUCUAUUAUAAGAUAACUACUCAUUCCAGACUGUCAGCAGACCCAAACCAGGCCAGUUGCAAUGCCCUGGCUAAAGAGAAGGACCUUCUCCAAAAUGAGAAUGACACCCUGACUACAGAAAGAGACCAAGUGCAGAGGAAUUCUGACUCUUUAACUGCAGAAGGAAAAUGGUUAGAGGCCAGACUGAGUAACCUGACUGAAGAAAAACACAUAUUGCAGCAAAGAUGCAAAUCACUGACUAAUGAAAGAAAUAAGUGCAAAGUGAAUUCCAGCAAUCUGAAAGACGAAAGAGAUCAGUUACAAGCGAGUUACAACACCUUAAAACAAGAGAGCGACCAAAUACAGAAAAGCUAUGAUGACAAGCAGAGAACUUUGGAGAGGUUACAGACUAAACACAAUAAUCUGACAGCAAGUAAAGACCAGCUACAGACCAACUACAGCAACCUGCAAAGAGAAAAGAAUGAGUUACAGACUCGUUUUCAUAUGUUGAUAGCAAAUAGAGAUGAGUUACAGAGCAAUUACUCUUCACUAAGGAGGGACAAGGAAAAGUUACAAAGAAGCUACAAUGCAUUGAAUAACAGUGAAGUUUACCUUCAGAUCAGCUAUGCUUCACUGUGGAAAGACAAAGAGCAAUUGCAUACCAGAUAUAAUACUUUGCUGAGUAAAAAUGAGAGGCUACAGACCAAUUACAGCAGUUUGGCUACAGAGAAAGAGGAGUUACAGAACAAAAUCAACAAAGUGAUGGUUAAAGUAAGAGACAUUCGCUGUGACACAGACUGGAGGAAGUUUGAUAUCAGUUGUUAUUUUAUUUCAAACAUAAAGAAAAACUGGACAGACAGCCGAAAAGCCUGUAUGGCUCAGGGAGCAGAUCUGGUCGUCAUCGACAGCAGGGACGAACAGGUAUUUGUCCAUGGGUUACUGCAAACCGGUCAAAAUGCCUGGAUUGGUCUGACUGACAGUGUUCAAGAGGGAACAUGGAUGUGGGUGGAUGGGACCCCACUCACCACAGCGUACUGGGAGCCUGAGCAGCCCAACAGCUACAGUGGGAACCAGGACUGUGGGGAAAUUGUGCAGAAACCAACUGAAACACUGGACAAAUGGAACGAUGAUGGCUGCUUUGCUGCGCAACUGUGGAUCUGUGAGAAAUAAGAUCAUGGUGAUUUAUACUGUGGCUUUGGACUGUGCUAAUAAUGCUUAUCUUGAAUGUU